GGGUGGCGGAGGACGGGGAGAGAAGGACGGAGGCUCCGGGAGCAGCGAGACAACAAGGCUCGGGCCUGGGACUUGGGCACAACCGGGAGUGACUUGAAGAAGGAUCAUCUUUUAUUUAUUUUUUCCAUUUUGAGUUCAUUUCCACUGGAAACUUGCACCACCAGACCUCAACCAUAAGCCCGUAGGACUGAACGAUGCCGUCCAACACUGUCACCAACACUCCUGCAUUCAAAGGCUCAGACUUUGCUGAUUCACCUGGAAACAGAAUGGGUGAGAGCACAAUACUGGACCUGGACCUGAUGGAGGAGAAGUCCACUUUAAGCAGUGCCUCUUGUAAAGCCGGGAAGCCUGGGAGGAAGCGCAAGCCAUUUCCAGUGGAGAGCUCCCUCACAGACUGUCUGAGCGUCAGCAACAGUUACUCCGGGGUGUGUAGGCCCUUCAUGACCCAAGUUCACAAUGGAGAUGUGGUGCUCGAUGCCUGCUUCCCCAAACAGGAGAAGAGGGAAUUGGAGAACAGGAUCCCCCAGGACAGCUCCCAGGGUCCGAGCCCGAGUCCUUCCAAGGAGAAUGGCUUUCUGUCCAGCAGAGAGGAGCAGGACUCUGAGAAAGACAAGGACGACGAUCUGAUGAUGCCACGCAAGAAAAGAGGCCGGCGAAAACUGGAGCGUCCUACAAAAUACGUGGAGCAGAAGGAGGAUGACGGCUGUGAUGUCAUCAAGACUGAGGGAGGUCGAGGCAGGCAACGAGGGGGAGUUGGUUGGGAGAUCAGCCUUCGUCAGAGGCCCAUGCCCAGAAUAACCUUCCAGGCUGGUGACCCAUAUUACAUUAGCAAACGGACCAGGGAGGAGUGGAUGGCCAAGUGGAAGAUGGAGGCAGAGAAAAAGGCGAAGCUAACGUCAGCGAUGAACAUCAUGAAGGACAACGAGAACACAACCGGGCCUCAGAGCGAGAACGUCUCGAUAAUCAAACACCCACAGCCUUCGAAGCCUCAGCACAGUCCGUCUCUGUCGCAGCCUCAGAUUCAACAGUCGUCUCUGCCGCAGCUGCAGCAACAUCUGCAGCAACAUCUGCAGCCUCCUCAGCAGCAACAGCAGCCUACUGACCCAGCCUCCCCCACUGUGGCAACCACCCCGGAGCCCGGCACCGUCGGAGAGGACAAAGCGUCCCCGAAGUCUGCAGACACUGAGCCCGAGUACGAGGACGGUCGUGGUUUUGACAUUGGCGAUCUGGUUUGGGGGAAGCUGCGAGGAUUCUCCUGGUGGCCGGGUCGAAUCGUGUCCUGGUGGAUGACGGGCCGGAGCAGAGCUGCUGAGGGAACCAGAUGGGUCAUGUGGUUUGGAGAUGGAAAGUUCUCAGUGGUCUGUGUGGAGAAGCUUAUGCCUUUAAGUUCCUUUAAUAAUGCCUUUCACCAACCAACUUACAACAAACAGCCUAUGUACAAAAAAGCAAUCUAUGAAGUGUUGCAGGUGGCCAGCAGCCGAGCAGGAAAAACUUUUAUGACGUGCCCCGACAGUGACGAGACAGAAACCUCCAAAUCAGUGGAAAUGUUGAACAAGCAGAUGAUCGAGUGGGCGAUGACCGGGUUUCAGCCCACUGGACCCAGAGGCCUCGAGCCAGCAGAGGAGGAGCGUAACUCAGAGGUUUACCCUGAGAUGUGGGUUGAACCAGAAGCCGCAGCCUACACGCCUCCUCCAGCCAAAAAGCCUCGCAAGAACACCGUGGAAAAACCCAAGGUCAAGGAGAUCGUUGACGAACGAACACGAGAGCGGCUGGUUUAUGAAGUGAGACAAAAAUCCCGAAGUAUUGAGGAUAUCUGCAUCUCCUGUGGAGGCCUGAACGUCAGCCUGGAGCACCCACUGUUCGCUGGAGGGAUGUGUCAGAGCUGCAAAAAUUGCUUUCUAGAAUGUGCAUACCAGUAUGAUGAUGAUGGUUAUCAGUCGUACUGCACGAUCUGCUGCGGCGGGCGCGAGGUGCUCAUGUGUGGAAACAACAACUGCUGCCGGUGCUUCUGUGUAGAGUGUGUGGACCUCCUUGUUGGUCCAGGAGCUGCCCACGCUGCCAUCAAAGAGGACCCGUGGAACUGCUACAUGUGCUGUCCAAAGGGCGCGUUGGGUCUGCUGGAGCGCCGCUCCGACUGGCCCAGCCGCCUGCAGCACUUCUUCGCAAAUAACCACGACCAAAAUUUUGAUCCACCAAAGCUUUACCCCCCCGUCAUGGCAGAGAGGAGGAAGCCCAUCCGUGUGCUGUCGCUCUUUGAUGGCAUAGCAACAGGACUCCUGGUCUUAAAAGAGCUCGGCAUUCAAGUGGAUCGCUACGUAGCCUCUGAAGUGUGUGAAGACUCCAUCACGGUAGGAAUUGUCCGGCAUCAGGGACGGAUCAUGUAUGUUGGCGAUGUGAGGAACGUCACACGCAAACAUAUUCAGGAGUGGGGUCCUUUUGACCUCGUUAUCGGUGGGAGUCCCUGCAACGACCUCUCAAUAGUCAAUCCUGCUAGGAAGGGCCUUUUUGAAGGAACCGGUCGCCUCUUCUUUGAGUUUUACCGGCUGCUUCACGAGGCUCGGCCCAAGGAGGGGGACAGCCGGCCUUUCUUCUGGCUCUUUGAGAAUGUGGUGGCCAUGGGCGUCAGUGACAAGAGGGACAUAUCUCGCUUUUUAGAGUGUAACCCAGUGAUGAUCGAUGCUAAGGAGGUGUCUGCUGCCCACCGCGCCCGCUACUUCUGGGGUAACCUUCCCGGGAUGAACAGGCCUUUGACAGCCAUGUGCUCUGACAAGCUGGACCUCCAGGACUGUUUGGAGCACGGCAGAACAGCGAAGUUUGGCAAAGUGAGGACCAUCACCACCAGGUCCAAUUCUAUCAAGCAGGGUAAAGACCAGCACUUCCCCGUCUACAUGAACGAGAAAGAAGACAUACUCUGGUGCACUGAGAUGGAGAGGGUAUUUGGCUUCCCCGUCCACUACACGGACGUGUCCAACAUGAGCCGGCUGGCGAGGCAGAGGCUCCUGGGCAGAUCCUGGAGCGUCCCCGUCAUCCGCCACCUGUUCGCACCACUUAAGGAUUACUUCGCCCGCGUCUGAGGAGCAGCGCAAGUUUUUCAGAGCCAGUGUGGACCUCCAACCGUAUGUGGUGACGAGUAACAAGAGCCUUGGUCCUCAGAAGACGCGACACAU